CCACCAUGUCGACCUCGUCUUCGGCCCAGGCGCUCGAAUACCUCGAGGGUCUGCCGCUGGCCACGCACAAGAAGCUGUAUGAACAGCCCUCGACGGUCCUCGCCGUCUUCCGCUGCAUGCUGCCGCAUCUUGCCAAGUCGAUAGUCAUGGCUAUGCUGUACAUGCCCACGUCGUUCCCCGCCGCCGACCUCGACGCCUGGUUCAAGCCUGCUGCGCGCAAGGAGAAAGAGCAGGCGACCUUCACCCUGGACCGUCUGCACAUCGUCUCCUCGGCCCGACAAGACGACGGCACGCUGUCGUGGACACUGAAUCAAGGCUUCCAGCGCAGCCUGCGGAACGCCAUCGAAGGAUCAGGCACCCACCGCUCGUUUGGCGUGCCCGCAACCAAAGAAGAGAGUGGAAAGCGAGUCAGCAUAGAGUUCCUGGAUGAAUACUCGAGGGCGCAGUGGGAGGGCAUCUUGUACUAUCUUGUCAGUGGUGCGGCUGGCCUCAGCAAAGACAGCAUUUCCAGAGCGGAGGUGGGCCCCGGUACCAAGAAGCUGCUGCAUACGGGAGAUUUGGUGCGCACCAUCCAUGGCAGCCCGAGAAUCACAAAGGAUGGCUUCUCGUUUGUACUGCAGGAGACGAAUGCGCAGGUCUGGAGUCUGCUGAUUGUCUAUCUGAAGAUGACGAACGAGCUCGGCAUGUCAGAAACAGAAGUCCUCUCCUUCCUCUUCAUGCUUGGCUCGCUUGAACUGGGCCAAGACUAUUCCACUUCCACGCUCUCGGCCACCCAACUCCAAAUGCUCGAGGAUCUCUCCGCAAUGGGCCUUGUCUACCGCUCCGACAGGAAUGCCCGCACCUUUUACCCCACACGCCUAGCCACAACCCUCACAUCGGACUCUGGCAGCGCCAUGUCAGCCUCAUCCAACGACAUUGCGCAAGCCAAACCCAACUCCGUCGGCCCUCCCACAGCCGCAAACAAAGGCUUCAUCAUCAUCGAAACAAACUACCGCCUCUACGCCUACACAAACAGCCUCAUCCAAAUCGCCAUCCUCUCCCUCUUCACAAAACUCCAACACCGCUUCCCCAACCUCGUCUCGGGAAAACUCACAAAGGAAUCCGUCCACAAAGCCGUCCAAGCAGGCAUCACCUCGGCCCAAAUCAUCUCCUACCUCACGACGUACGCCCACCCCCAGAUGCAGAAAACCGUCCCUUACAUCCCGCCUACCGUCAUGGACCAGAUCCGUCUCUGGGAAUACGAGGGCGAGCGCGUGGAAACCACAACCGGUUACCUCAUGCGUGAAUUCAAUUCCGAUGCCGAGUACAGAGAUGUCCUCGGCUAUGCUAGUGCGCUGGGCGUCCUCGUCUGGCAGAACGAUGCCAAUCGGUGUUUUUUCGUGAGCCAUGUCGAGCAGAUUAGCGCCUAUUUGCGCAAGAAGAAGGAGAAUAGAGAGAGUGCGAGGGCGAGGUAGUGUUGUAAUUUGAAUGUACGUUUUUCUUUUCCUUUUGGAUGGGUGGCAUGUUUCUAUAUGUACAUAGAUGAAGCAGUAUCAUGGUCAUGCAGGCGUUUCUUCAAUCUUAUUCUUUCUUCCUGGGGGGUGGGAACUACUUAGAGUAGCCAUUUGUAGCUGUAGCACUACUUAGUCG